AUGGUAUCACCUCGGUGGAGGCGUCUAGUGUUGCAUCCAAUACUAACAAGGCUCAAUCUUGAAUUCGACAUUCCAAACGUUUUCGGAAUCAGCAUUGAUGAUGAUGAUUACUGUGAUGACAACGACCUGAUUGCUGAUAAACUUCAGAAACAAGACUUUAUAAGAUGUGUGAACAAAGUUUUGCAGCUCCACCAUGGCAAUAAGGUAGACUCUUUCAAAGUGAAUUUCUACUUCAACAGAGAAUCUACCGCCAUUCUUGACGAAUGGAUUCGCUUCGUAAUCACAAAGGGAGCUGAAGUGCUUUACCUUCAUUUCAGUCGUUGCCCGGAAGCAGGAAAAGAAAAUUAUUAUGAUUUCCCUUGCUGGUUGCUUUCAGAGCUGAGGCCAUCAACUCUAAAAAAUUUGUCACUGACCGGAUGUGUUCUAAGACUUCCACCCAGUUUUGACAGAUUCAGUCAUCUAACAACUCUUUAUCUGUACAAAGUUAUCGUAGACAACAUUUCUCUGGCACGUCUCUUAUUUGACUGUUUGCUCCUGGAAAGCUUGACCUUAGAUUAUUGCUGGGGUGCCUCGGAGUUGAUGGUUAAAGGUCCAUCACUUCGUCUCAAUGAUUUGAAAGUGGUCCAUUGUUAUGAUAUGCAAAGAGUUGAUAUUUCUCUAGUAAAGCUUGCGUCCUGGGAGAUCUUGAGUGGAAGUUUACACAUGAAUCUUUCCAUCAAACUUCCAUAUCCAGCAAAAAUUUCUUUUGGUUCGAUUCUUCACUUUAACUUAUGUGCUCGACUAACCCGAUUUGCAUCGUUUUCUGGGCUUGAGACUCUUCAUCUGCAACUGGAGAUGCUGAGUCAUGACGAAUUGCCCCGAAGCUUACCAACGUUUAGAGACCUCAAGAAACUGGAGGUGGAUCUGUUUUCACCGAAAGCUGACCCCGCAGGGGUUCUGAAUCUUCUCAAGGCUACACCUUUUCUGGAACAACUUGUAGUAUCGGUAUUGCAUGUGUGCGGUGCUUGUUUCGAUGAUAGUUUCUGUGAGGAUGAACAAGAGAUACGAAAAUUUUCGGGGCUGAAACAUAAUCAUCUGAGAAAAGUUAAGUUGCAGGCAUUUCAAAGUACGCCGUACGAGAUAGAGUUUGCCAUUUCUAUCUUGAAGAACACAACAAAGCCCGAGAUCAUGGAAAUCGAUCCGUUUGGAGAAGUAUAUCUGGGUGCUGGAGUGUGGCGCAAGGUCAUGGGCAUAUACGGUCAAUAUACAUCAAACUCAUUUUGGGAAGAAAAAGACAGGGCACUUGUACAAGAGCAACUAAAGGAAGUAAAGACUGAUGCCAGAAUUAUAAUUCUGUAA